GAUACACUCUCAUAACUCUUCAUUUUCCUUCCCUUCCUCCCACCUCUCCUUUUCUCUUCUCCUCUUUCCCAACCUCCCGCCGCCGUCGCACAAAAAAACAAUCUCCGGCCACCACCCCAUCAAUAAAAAAAAACCCAUUUAACAACCAUGGUGGUGGCGUCCCCCCCGCCGCUCGCCCGCACCGGCGAGAAGAAGCUCCUCCUCCCGAAGCUGCCCACGGUGGACCUGUCGGGCCCACGGGCCGACGUGGCCCAGCAGAUCGUCAAGGCCGCGGAGACGGUCGGGUUCUUCAAGGUGACCCACCACGGGGUGGGCCCGGCCACCGUGUCCCGCAUGGCGCAGGAGAGCCUGGGCUUCUUCGCCAGGCCCGACCACGAGAAGAAGCGGGCCGGACCAGCCGACCCGUUCGGGUACGGGUGCAGGAACAUCGGGUUCAACGGCGACGUCGGGGAGGUCGAGUACGUCCUCCUCAACACACAUCCUGGCUCCAUCGCCCAGAGGUCGUUGACCAUCAACUCCACCGACCCCACCAAAUUUAGCUCUGCUGCGGGCGGGUACAUAGAAGCAGUAAAGGAAGUGGCAUGUGAGAUCCUGGAUAUGAUGGCGGAAGGGCUGGGGGCCACGGACGCCGAGGCGUUCAGCAAGCUAAUCAGGGACGUCGACAGCGACUCCGUCCUCCGCCUCAAUCACUACCCUCCGUUCCUCCUGCCGUCGCCGUCCUCCGCCGUCGACCACCCGGCGGCGGAGCUGAAGGUCGGGUUCGGGGCGCACACCGACCCGCAGAUCCUGACCGUGUUGACGUCAAACGACGUCGCCGGGUUGCAGGUCCACGUCGACGGUGACGUGUGGGUCUCCGUGGCGCCCGACCCCACCGCCUUCUUCGUAAAUGUUGGUGACGUUUUGCAGGUUGCUAUGACAAAUGGCAGAUUCGUGAGCGUAAAGCACAGGGCCCUCAACGUCAAUGCGGCCAAGCCCAGACUGUCAAUGGCCUAUUUCGCUGCCCCGCCGCUUAACUGCACAAUCUCUCCUCUCCCUGAGAUGGUCACCCCUUCCAGGCCCAGUUUGUAUCGGGCCUUCACUUGGGCCGAGUACAAAAAGGCCUCCUACUCCCUCCGCCUCGGAGAUUCCCGCCUGGAUCUCUUCAAAACGCAGCAGCAGUAGCCAGUCAUGAGAGUGAAGUGAAUACAGAAGUGGAACAUAGAAGUAGGGUUAGGGUUUGUGAAAAUGGGGGAAAAUGUAGGAAGCGUGAAAUUUUGCUGAGAGAGAGAGAAUGGUCGUUUUUCUUUACCGUCUUCCCCACUGCAUGAAAAAAAAAAAAAAAGGAACAGUUCUCACAGAAAACAAAAAAACAGUUGGGAGGAUUACAAGGUUUUCUUUCCUUUGCUUGGGUGAUGAGAUGAAAUGUAGGUUCCCUUUUUCCUGUUUUUACUUUGAAAUUUUGCGAAGGUUUCGGAGUAAAUUGAAUGUAAGGUUAGUGAGG